GGUCACCAUUACUCACCAAGCCAUCCCAUAUCGUCCUGAUUCCCCUCGAUCCUAGCUGCCUGCAUCGCUCGUCAUGGAGCGAGGCUAUGGUAGAGCCAACGGAGGUGGCAAGAGCCAGGAAAAGGGCAAAGACAAAGCCCGACCAAGGCCACGGCAACCUAUGAGUAGAGAGGUCGCCUUCCAUAAGAACAAGGCUCGCGCCAGAGAGGAGGCCCAGGCCAGGCUACGCAAUGCUGGCGGACCAUCCUCAUUCAGUACCACUCCCGUUGCUUCUACCUCCAAGGCAUUGGAGAGCACACGCAAGAUCUUCGAGAAUCCUCAUCCGUAUCGGUACAAGUCUUUUAAUGACCGCCUCGCUUCCGUACACAUUGGGGCUUCCAGCAGUCUCACCUCCGGCAGGGGCUCUACGAUGGCCGGUCUUGACGUGCAAGGCGUGGCUCCCAGUGCGCCUGUCACUGACAUUGAUGACGAUUUCGAUGACUACGAUGAGGAGGCUCGCAUGGCUAUCCUACUCGCCUCUACUGCCUUCGGGUCCGCUCUCCUCACCUGGAGAGAGCUGAAUCUUACUGUGCCCUUCCAAAAGCUGCUUCGGGAGAUCACCUCGCGGUCGCAAUCACUGCCACAGCUGAUUCAUCAUCGAUCUCACAUCGUUUCUGCCCUCUCGUCGACUCUUCGCAGCAAGAGCUCAGAUGCCCACCUCGCAUAUGAACCCGCCCUUGAUCUCUUCCCUCGCCUCGCCCUGGAUCUGGGAUCUGAAUUCCUGCCCGUCUACCCAGAAGCGUUGGAGGCCAUGCUACAGACUACGAUGAUCAGCAAGAACGCCACAGGCGGCGACGAGAAGAUGGCAGCCAGGCUAGUGGAAAAGGCAUUCGAGAUGGUAGCAGCCCUCUUCAGGAAUGUGGCGCCGCUCAUUGUCAAAGGACAAGGAGGGCGCGACUGGUUGCAAGAAACCUGGGGCAUUGUGAGGCCAUAUCUGGGCUACUCUGCCUGCGCGAUGGACGUAGAUGAUGAGCAAGAAGAGGAAGAAUCCCCAGAAGAUGACAACGCAGUGUCGUCAAACUCUAAGCCAUCCCCACCUCGCAUCCCAUCUCAUGUCCGCAGGUUCGCGGCAGAGGCGUUUGCUCAUCUGCUCCGCCGAGCCAAGCAGCCGCAACUCGUGCAGUCUGCCGCUUUCAUGCUCAGCGAUGUUGAAGAGGUGCUUUCGAGCGCCAGCGCAGGGAGGGAGGAAGAGGAGCAGGGUCAUGGGCGCUCUUCCGGAGCCUUUGCUUCAGGUGUCGCCGGCAUCUGGCUCGAAGUGGUGAAAUCGGUGGAUCGCCGCCUACAUAGCCAGGCAGUCCCGCAAAUCACUGCUCUCGUCUUCCGCUCAGAUGUGGCACCUUCGCAAGCUCAGACAGUCGUGGGUAAGCUGCUCUUCACGGCUCUCGUACAUCACGGACAAGCGGCCCAUCUUGCUCCUGUAUUUGAGCUUCUUAUACAGACAGCUGAUGAACGACUGUCGGCGUGUCAGGCUGAGCCCAGUGCAAAAACUCAAGAAGCUCUGCUUCAAUCGCUCGUUUGGUUGAUCGCAGCUCUGGGCACACGGAAAGGCAAUCGAGUCGAUGAAUCUGCGAAGACACCCCUCUUUGCCCUCCUUUUGGGGCUUGUGCAAACAUUCGCCGACUCCAAAGACAGCGCAAUGUCCUCCGCUUUGACGGUGCUACUAUCUCUCACUCUUCCCAUUGGUCGGAUACCGGAUCUUGUUGGUCCCGGCAUCAGAAUCGUUGACAUCCUGACCAAAGGUCGCGGAGAGAAUGGUGCUCUAUCGCAGGCCUUUGUUGCAUGUGUUCUCGCGCUGGCAGAUCCUUCCAUCGCCUGGCCAGGAUUCAAACAAUGCGUCCUACCACAAGUGCUUACCGCCACCAUGCAAGCGGCAGGAUCCUCCUCGAGUCCUUCAGCAAAGGACGCGGCCUUUCGCCUUCUCAACGAUCUGAGUAAAUCGGGUCAACUCGACUCCAUUGCCCAGGACAACUCCAACGAGUCUCCCAAGAUAGCGCGUUGGAGAACUACAGUAGGCAGCGAGCUCGGACAUCGGCUCGAUCGUUUAGCCGAGCUAAUAGCUUCACCACACUCUGCCGAAGUGACUCAGGAGCUCGAGAGACUAGUCCCUGCUCUUGGUCUAGUGAAGCUUUUUGCCAGGACAGAGUAUGCAGAGAGCAUCGCAGAAUCUAUCAGGUCGGGGGUCGCAUCGCUGCUUACUUCGGCGCUGUCCUCGACUGACGAGGUCGAAACAAGGUUCAAUGCUUCAGUCUCGAAUUCCUUGGCAGUGCUGGGCAGUCUCCUAUCAGCGCUCGCCAGCAUGGUCUCAGAGGCAACAAAUCAAGCUCGAGCGCAUGAACUGAUUGGUGGGAUCACCAACAACUCGCAGCUUGUCGCAGCAGUGACACAAUUACUUCCCCAGCAUCGCUACGCCCUGUCCGCCGCAGUGGAAAUCUUCACGAUUGCAUCAGCGAAGUCGGCCACAAGACAGGGUGUGCUACCCCCACCCGAAGAAUGCGUUCAGAACUUCUGGCCCAGUCUCAUGGCUGAAGAUGAGGACCUGAGACGGGCUAGUGCACAAUGGCUGACAUUAUGUGGACACAAUGCGGCCGUUGAGAACCAGGAGCUGUCGGAGCUGUACUCCUUGAUCAGCAAGAUCGAGGAUAUACCAUUGCGAGUCGAGACCGUCAGAGAUCGCAAUGUGAGACUGAGAUCUCUGGUCAGGGAGUUGCUCCGCCUCGCAGCUCACAGCGACACUGAAUCCGACGCCCGGAGAACGACACAGCUGGAAAUGACAGCAAAGACUGUCUGUCGGUACGUCGUGAGCACGUUAAAGCUGAACUUCAAACCUUUGUGGGAAGAAGCAAGAAAGGCUUUGGCCGACAUGAGUGGUAGAUAUGCUGCUCUAGUCUGGGAAGUCGCUUUCGAAGAGCUCACUGCCAGUCGCGGUCCCAAAAUGCUUCCGAGCAGCUGGCUAGCCGAGGAUGGUUGUCAGCGUGCUGUGUCUUACCCGGCUCUGCAAGAUGACCUUGACGAAGACUCAGCAGAUGAACAUAACAAAGCCUUCCGCGACCCCCAGAGGACACAGCGGACUGCGCUUAUCCUAGGGAUUUGGGAGAAGGCCUCGCAAGAGGUAGCAUCGCAAACGCGCCAGGUGCUCAAAGAGCUGCAAGCCCCUGCCGGUAGAUUAGACGUGGCCAACUACCACGGUCAGAUCCUCAUCUUGUUCUCCGAACAGCCUGCAAUGGUGGAGAAGCACAACGCUGCAUUUGUGCAGCACUUCUUCUCGACUGUUGUAGACGAUGACGCCCAGAGGCGAGGUGGGGACGCUGCCGACAUCGACGAUGAAAUGGAAGACAAGAGCAGCUCUCGAGAGGUCAAGCAGUCCUCGAAUGUAGCAUCUCUGAGCUUGAGGCAGCGACAAGAACGAGUGCACUCCUACCUCGAGGUCUUUAACAAGUUCUCAAAUCCCAAGGCGCUCUUCCGAUCUAGUGGUCUUCACGAGUAUUUCUACUCCCUGAUGGCUCAAGGAGAGAGCAAAAUCCAGACUCUUGCUCUCCAAUGUGUGCUGACCUGGAAGGAUCCGGCCCAGCUCAAGUACGAAGAGCGGAUGUUCAGGCUACUGGAUCAGAGCAAGUUUAGAGAUGAGUUGACAUCUUUCGACUUGGCAUUGGGCGGACAAGCUAUCCAAGAGGAGCAUCGAGCGAGCUUGAUGCCCCUCCUGAUCCGACUACUCUUUGGAUCAAUUGUGUCGAAGAAGGGCCGUAGCAGUGCAAGCACAAGCGGCGCCGGAAGAAAAGUUGCGAUUCUGAACGCACUGUCCGGAUGUUCCUCUGCCGAGCUGGGAAUUCUGGUAGACCUGAUGCUUGGGCCUUUCCAGGAUCAAGUCCCAGAUGUCCAAGGCAGCAAGAUGGCGAUCUCUCAGACUCCUCCUCAAGCCUUCCUCCGACAGCAGAAUGGACUCUUGUCCCUCCUGGCAGAUGUCGUUAAGCAUCUUGGUGCACAAUUGAUAGCGCACUGGUCGCGCUUGGUAGGCGUCACUAUCAAUCUUGCUCAUCACAGCUCAGCGAGAGCAGCUGAGCAAGGACCUGGAAAAGCGUCUGCCGUGUCUCGAGAUGUGCGACAAGCAGCCAUCCGCCGUUUGGCAGACUUCUUCAAGUGCCCCGCUUCCCCUCAAUUCGACUGGACGGCAUACAUGCCAGUCAUCUUCUCAUCGCUCGUCUCCCCGCGUCUGGAGUUGUUUUCCUCAGAGAACACCCAGAGUCCUUCAGCUCUGCUCGAGCUGUUUAACAUCUGGUCAGCCAAGCAACAGUUUCUGCCGUUGUUGGUGAAAGGUGACCAGCGAGUGUUGCCGAGUCUCUACUCCUGCUUGGCAGUGCCUACGGUCAAGAAUCCUGUCGUGGUCCCGAUCCUGGAUAUCGUCGAGCGCAUCUUGGACAGCGCAGAGGAUGCUUCAGAGGACAAUCAGUCGGGCAUCGACGUCACGCAGGCAAAGAUGGUGAAGGACGAGGUGCUCAGACCCUUUAUCUCCUCUCUCGUGUCGAGUCUGAGCCCGCUGCUCCAGAGGACUUCUUCAGCUGCACAGCCGGAUCACAUUUUGCAAAGAGCAAUCGGUUUGCUCUCCCGCAUUGCAGUGUUCGUCGAAAAAUCAGACGAUGCUACGCUAGUAUUGGACCUUCUUGGGCCCAUGCUCCGAAAGAGCAAUCGAGUUGUCCCGGAGAAGAGCAAGACGGAGCUGUUGUCCACCUUCAGAGACUUGCUGUUGCUGACAGACACCUUCAAGGACCCUCAGUCCGACAUCUUUACACGUCACUACGAGCUAUUCUCCUCAAUGUGGUCUACUCUCCGCUCUCGAGCUGCCCGUCAAAGUCUAGGCACUGUCUUCAAGCAGAUUGCGCUCGUCGACGGCAGCCUUGGACGCGUCGCAGGAUGGGUUGAGGCACUGAAUGCAUUCAGUGUCCGGAGGCUGGACGAAGUUGACUUCGAUCAGCGACUGGACGUUUUCGACGCCUUGACCAGCAAAGGAGAGGAAUUGACGCCGCGUGAGUGGCUGCCAAUCUUGCACAACAUGAUCUUCUUCAUUCAGGAUGGAGAAGAAUUGGUCAUUCGAAGUAAUGCUAGUGCUGUGCUGCGAAGUUACGUGCAAGCAGUAGCAGACGAGAAGGAGGAAGGCCCCCUCCGUAGUCUUUUCACUCGCAUCGUGUACCCUGCUCUCCGAAAGACACUCCGUUCUCGCUCCGAGCCCGUGAGGAGGGAAGUCGUCUCGGUCAUCGGCGCUGCUGUCAAAGAUCUGCCUCACGUGGCGGCCCUCUCAGAGAUGCAGGGUCUUCUCGCAGCUGGCGACGAAGAGGCCAACUUCUUCAACAACAUUCACCACAUUCAACUUCACCGCCGCUCCAGAGCGCUGCGACGACUCGCGGAGCAUGCAGAGGGCGGAGAGUUGAGGAGCAAGUCGAUCUCCGAGGUCUUCUUACCCCUCAUUGGGCACUUCCUUGAGGCUGGUCAUACGGAGAUCGGUGAUCACAACCUCGCCAAUGAGACUUUGAGCUGCAUCGGACGGCUCACCAGGCAACUACAGUGGGGAUCGUACAAUGCGUUGCUCUGGAAAUACCUAAGGCUCGCCGAUGGCAAGUCUGCCGGCGAGAAGAUUUAUGUCCGAGCAGCUAUGGCCAUCUUGGAUAAUUUUCACUUCGGUAUGGAGGACGUUGUGCCUGCUGAAGAGGAAGCAGUCGAGGAUCAAGAGGAUGCCGAGGUAGACGGCGCAGUCGAAGACGAAGCCGCGGUAGCUGCUCGAGCUCAGGAGGCCGCGGCCGAAAAGGAAAAGCACGCUGCGCAAUCGCAGAAGAUUGUGACUUCAGUCACAGCGAAGCUGCUGCCUGCUUUGAUGGGCUACCUCGAGCAUCAUGAUGACGAGACAGAUGAUGCUCUACGCCUGCCGAUCGCCGUCGGUGUGGUAACAGUGGUAGAGUGUCUACCUUCUGCUGAGAAGGAGGUUCAGCUGGGCAAGUUGCUUAGUGUCCUAGCAAAUGUCUUCCGAAGCAAGUCACAGGAGACAAGAGACCUGGCUCGAGAGACGUUAUGCAAGAUCGCUGUCGCUCUAGGUGCAGAGAGAUUGCCUCAGAUUGUGAAGGAGCUCCGGCGUGCUCUGACUCGGGGCCCACAGCUAGCUAUCCUGGCCUACAACAUCCACUCGAUUCUGGUGCAUCUAAUGCAACACGAGGCUUCUCCCCUCACUUAUCUUGAUCGUGGUGUGGAAGACAUGAUCGCAAUCGCCGGUGAGGACCUGUUUGGUCACACGAGCGAAGACCGUGAAGCUACAGACUACAAGAUCAAGGCGCGAGAGAUGAGGCAGAGCAAGAGUCUCGACACCUUUGAGCAGCUGGCGAAGAUCAUCGCACCUCACUGUAUCAAUGCUCUGCUGGCUCCGCUAAAGACCAUCAUGGAGCAGACUGAAGCGCCUCGGUCCAUGAAGGCUGUGGAAGACGCUCUGAGAAGGACAGCAUCGGGCAUCAACUCCAAUGGACACUUUGACUACACGUCCCUGUUGGGGCUCUGCCAUAGUACUAUCACCAGCAACUCUUCCUUCCUUAAAGCGCGAGCUGGCGCAGCUAAAGGCCAGGGCUCGGCGCCCAAGCAGGACGUACUUCUGAUGAAGCGCAAAGACGUCGAGGCUGGAGUAUCAGUGCGGGAUCACUAUGCUGCAAAUGCAUAUCGCUUCGUGGCCUUCGGCCUCGACCUUCUCGUUACUGCUCUUCGCCGGUCCCGCUUCGACUUUGCCGACAAGGAGGUGCUGGGUCGCUUGGACCCGCUGGUGAAUGCUGUAGGUAACACGCUAUACGCUGCAGACACUCAUGUGGUCACCCUGGGUCUGCGAGCGACGGGUGCCCUGCUUCGAUGCCCACUGCCCUCGAUCGAAGCCAGUCUGCCAGUCCUCACUCGUCAGACGCUCUCAGUCAUCAAUCGUGAAGCCAAUCCAGCUGCGGAUGCCUCUCAAGCCGGCCUACGCACUGUGACGAUCAUUUUGCGAGACUGUCCCAAGGCGGACUUCAAGGAGAAACAACUAGCGGACCUCCUCGCUCUGACUCUUCCCGAGAUCGAAGAGCCGGCUGCUCAGUCGUCCAUCUUCGGUCUGCUGCGAGCGAUCAUCGGCCGGCGCUUCGUGGUGCCCGAAGUGUACGAGGCAAUGGACAAGGUGGCGGAGAUGAUGGUCACGAACCAAAGCUCGCAAGUGCGCGAGAUCAGUCGAGCUGCCUUCCUGCAAUUCUUGCUAGACUAUCCUCAAGGCAAGGGUCGAUUGCGCAAUCAGAUGGAGUUCCUCGCCAAGAACCUCUCGUACGUCUAUGAGAGUGGACGAUUGAGCGUUAUGGACCUGCUUGCUGCCGUGCUGGCCAAGUUCAGCGAUGAUGUCCUGGCAGACUACGGUCAGCUCCUCUUCGUGGGCCUAGUCAUGGUGCUGGCCAAUGACGACUCCUCAAAGUGCAGAGAAAAGGCUGCCGAGUUGACGCGGACGCUCAUCGGCCUCAUUAGCGAAGAAAAGCGGGCGGGCCUGAUCCAGAUGGCUCAUGCUUGGGCAGAGUCUACUGAGCGGGCGGACUUGUCCCGGGUCGGUGUGCAGGUCUACGGCCUCUUUCUUGAAGCGGUGCCUGACGAGGCUAGUAGCUGGACGCCCAAGGCUAUGCGAGUUCUCCGUGGCGUAAUCAUUAGCUGCGCUGACGAUCUAGAGGAGCUCGAGCAUGCAGACGAAUUUGCUGCAAUGGACAUGGAUCUGGACUGGCAGCUACCUUACCACGCUCUGCAAGCCAUCAGCAAGCUAAGCAAGGUCGAGCCAGCCCUCCUGGCAGGGUCUGGCAAGGACGUGUGCUCAACCUGGUCUGCCAUUCGUCGACUGCUGCUCUUCCCUCAUGCGUGGGUACGCAUUGCCUCGUGUCGCCUCAUCGGCAGCCUCUUCGCCACCACGCAGCCCGUCCAGCCGACACACUCGAGCGGUGGUGUUAAGGCAGCCGCUGCUCUCGAUCCCUUGAGUCUAGAAGCUCUCAUCGAGUCUUCACGUAAGCUUGCCUUGCAGCUGCGAGGCGAUGUCGUAGACGAUGCUCUGGGGCUUCAGAUCGUCAAGAAUCUCCUCUGGAUCGGUCGCAGCUUUGCCAGCGUGCCUGUCAGCGAGAGAGAGACGAAUGGGAAGGCCAAGAAGAAGAGAGCCAGCACUGUCGAGGCGGAGCAAGAUGGAGAGACCGACGAAGAGGGUAGUGAGGUCGACUCCGAAGCAGAUGACGAGGACGACGAGGCGGCGGCGGCAGAGAAGGAUUCGGACGCUCUGGAGAACCCUCUAGCAUGGCUCUUCACCAAGCUCUCCUAUCAAGCCCGUAAAGUGCAAGGUGGCCAUGCCACUGCUGAUAACCCAGCAGGCGUAGCCACCGAGAGCUCCACGGCCAUUCUUCGCUGGUUUGCAGCAAUGGCGCAACACCUCUCCGUAUCGCGCCUGCAGACUUUCCUGCCACACAUCGUCACUCCUCUCUUCCGUCUCAUGGAUGACGAGACUUUGCGCGGUCCACGCGUAGAAGCACUCAAGACGCUCGCCUCUGAAGUCCAGGAACUCCUGACUGAAAAAGUAGGAACGACGAAUUAUGCUGCAGUGUACUCUCGAGUGCGCUCAAGGGCCCUGGAUAGGAGACGGGAGAGGAGGAACAAGAGGUUACUCCAGGGUGUGGCGGAUCCUGAGGGGGCGGCAAAGAGGAAGGAGAAGAGGAAUGAGGGCAAGCACGAGAGUCGGAAGAGGAAGAAUAGAGUGUUUGCGGAUGGAAAGGGAAGGAUGAAAGGAGCUGGACAGGGAAGCAAGAGAAGUCGACGUGAUGGCUGAGCAGGGCGCAGGUGAUGCGGUGACGAAUUGAUAAAUGAAAGACACUACGAGACUAGAAUGU